UAGGAACGGUCCUUUUGAAUGCGACUGUAUAUACCAUUUUGUUGAAAACCUGAUUAUCGCCCUUGGAAUACAGUUAAUGAAAACGAAAGUAGGGAAAAUAUUUUUUCCUCUCAAAGAGUUUCCCGUUAAAAUAUAUAAAGUCUAAAGGACGCUCAAUUUACAAUGAAACCUGGUAUUCGAGUCAUCCGAGGCCCAGACUGGCGCCUAGGCGACCAAGACGGUGGCCCUGGCUACCUAGGAACCGUUGUAAACAUUUUCCCAAAUAACAGCGUGCUUGUGAAAUGGGAUAUAGGAACAGAGACGGUCUGCAGGGCGGGACAGGACAGAGCCUUCGAUCUACGGCUUUAUGAUAAUGCUCAAAUAGGAACACAUCAGAAUGGAUGGUACUGUGAUGGUGAAUACUCGACAGAACGUGAUGGAAAGAAGCCGACUAUACACGGCUUCAAGUGGAAAUGUUUAGUGUGUAAAGACACAGAUUUUUGCACAGACUGUUAUAUGUCAGAUAUGAAAGGCUUUCAGCAACAGUGUGCGGAUACAAACCAUCCUUUUGUGAGAUACAUGACACCACGGUCUUUGGUUGUCCGGGUGCCCCCAAGAAAACGUAGCAAGAAGAUCCCUCUCUAUGGAAUCUUUCCGGGUGCAGAGGUCACAAAGAUCGUGUCAUCGUCUUCGGACAAUGAACAACUGGGAGUUGUAAAGGAAUUGAUAGACCUUCAACCUGAUGCCUAUCGAAGCGCAGUUAAAGUGGAAUGGGUGGGUGCAACACAAAAGAAAACAGAUGAAGGCGAACCUGAUUGGCCAAUAUACAGAAUAGGGGCGGACGGGAAGGUGGAGCUCAAGUUGAUAACACCUGCCUCCCCAGGAACAGUAUAUGUUGAUCAUUUGCCAGUCUUGGAUCUGACCAUGCCGGUGGAUAUAGAAUUCAAUGUAGGGGACAGAGUUCGUGUUGAUCUUAACUUAGAUACGUACAAACCUUUACUAACUGAAUAUGGAGGCUGGAUUCCAGACUUGGAGAGGGUGUUAGGUGAGGAGGGCACAGUGAUGGAGGUCAAGGACACAAACAGAAGAAUUGUUUCUGUUCGGUAUGAAUCUCUAGGUAUCACCGUCCGUGCCAUGUACAUGAAUGUGUUAACAAAGAUAUCCACUAUCUCGGCCGGGGAUACUGUGAAGAUAAUACAGGACCAGAAUAAAAUGAAGAAGUUACAAGUGGGCCAUGGUGGAUGGCAGCAAGCAUUUGUUUCUAUCCUUGGAGCUACUGGGCGUGUUGUACGCGUUAGCGACUCUAAGGACGCCAUUGUGAAGGUUGCCGGGGAAACAUUCGUUCUUAACCAAUCUUGUCUCGUCUUACAACAGCAUGCAGAGGAAGUAGCUCCAGUGUCGUCUGAUGCAGAUUCUCUGAAACGAAGCUUUAAAGCAGGAAGUUUCCGAAGAUCAGCCUCGGUUUCAGUACCGGAAGCAGCGAGGAGAACGAUACGAGCCGAUAUAUCUGUUGGGGUUGGAACACGUGUUGUUAGGGGUCCUGAUUGGAGUCCGGACUUUCAGGACCAAGAUGGCGGUGAAGGUCACGUGGGCAGUGUAGUGGAAAUCUGUGGACUGAAGGACAAUGGCAUGUAUCCAAAACAGUGUGUAGUUGUACAGUGGGAUAAUGGGGAGAAGAAUGUAUACAGGGCAGGUUAUGAGAAAGCGUAUGACCUGAGGAUCUAUGAUAAUGCUGGAAUAGGUGUCAAGCACAAUGUUAAGUGUGCAGGCUGUGACAUAGACACUGUAUUUGGAAUGUUAUGGACCUGCAGCGAGUGCCCGGAUGUUAACCUAUGCACGGAAUGCUACUUCAAUGAUAAACACGAGAUCAACCAUCAGUUUAUCAGACAUGACACCGUUGAUCGUUCUGAAGGGAUGCAGGUUCCAAAACGAGGUAUCAGUAGAACUCUUCCUGCCAUGGGGAUAUUUGAGAAAUGCAAGGUGCGCAGAGGCCCUGACUGGAGGUGGCAUAACCAAGAUGGUGGUGAAGAUAAAUAUGGCGAAGUGAUUGCGAUAGUAAACUUCAGUCCGGACACGGACCGAGAUGCGGCGGAAGUGACGUGGGAGAACGGAUAUACAAACGUGUAUCGCCUUGGCUAUAAGGGACGCCACGAUGUUGUAUGCAUAAAACCAGUCAAUGGAGGAAAGUUCUACAAGGAUCAUCUUCCAAUACUAAAACUUGAUCUAGAAGUCAAACCACCUGAAGCAUCUGCAGCAAAGAAAACUCCCACAAAGCCCCAGGUAGACGAUAGUGUGGACAAGGAAGCUGCGAGGUUCAAGGAAGGAGACAAAGUUAGGAUAGAGAUAGAUAUUGAUGUACUGAAGAUGAUUGAAGACAACAGAGGAGCCUGGAACGAUCAUAUGACAGAGUGUAUUGGUAAGACAGGAGUGGUGAUUGUUUCAAAAGGUAAUGACAUCACCGUGGACUUUGAGAGCGCUGGUCGCUGGACUUUCCAUGAGUCUGUUCUUAAUAAGGUACGCGAGUUUGUGCCAGGUGAAGUGGUGAAAGUUAAUGACAGCGUUGACCACGUCCGGAUGUUACAGACUGACCGGGGAGGUUGGAACGAGCUUAUGGUCAAGGUUAUUGGAAGAAAAGGUACGGUAGAGGAGAUUGACGAAGACGGUGACGUUCAAGUUUCAUUUGGAGAUUAUACCUGGACCUUUAAUCCCGAAUGUCUGGGCCCUGGUGAUGGAAAGGCUGAUCAUAUCGGAUAUAAAGAUGAUGAUCCCGGUUUGAAACCACCUGUUGUAAAAGAACAGCGUAAAGAACCAGAGACUGAUGAGGAGAAGAUGGAAGAUCUAUUCGAAAUGAUAAUAACUGGAGAGACAGAGAAAGUCAACAGGAUAAUACAGAAAGAACCACAACUGAUGUUAAUGGACUUGCAAGGAAAAUUUGCUGUUCAUCUUGCCUGUAAGAAUGGACAAAUAGACGUGCUGAAGGCAAUGUUUAAAUGUGCCAGCAAGGAAGCUCUUUUGGAGAUAUCUGAUUCAGAGGAGAAGAUAACCCCUCUACUGGCUGCUGUCAGUGGUGAGCAGAUAGACAUGGUGAAAUUCCUUGUUGAAGAAGGUGCCAACAAAAAGGCUGUUAAUCAUAAUAAACAGGGGGCAGUACAGAUGGCUGUUGCAUGUAAAAAUGUUGCCCUGUUGAAGGUGCUGAGAGAUCUCGAAUUCGACGUCAAUCAAAAGGAUCUCUUGAAACAGUCCCCAGUUGUUGACGCCAUUGUUCAAGGCAAUGAGGAGAUAAUUGACAUCUUACUGGACUGGCCAGACUUAGACAUACAGUUUACAGAUAGUAUCGGCUUCUCUCCUUUCUUCCUGGCAUGCAGAAAGGGCAACCUGAAAGCUGUGCAGAAAAUACUUCAGAAGCGCAUGAUGGAGAUAAAAGAACGUAAAGAGCAAGACGGUUAUACUGGUCUACAUCUCGCCGCCUUUAAUGGAAAUAAAGACGUCGUGGAAUUCCUUAUCAAACAGCCAAUGGUUGAGAUAGACUGCUUGACAAAAGAAGAAAGAACACCUCUUCAUCUUGCCUGUGCAGAAGGCUUCUUUGAUAUUGUGACAGUACUUUUAGAUGGAGGUGCUAAUAUUACCAUCUGUGAUGCAUCAAAGAAGAAUUCGUUGCAUAUCUAUCUAGAGGGGGCCGGUGCUAAAGACACAGAACAAGUUGCGGACUUCACACGAAUGGUUGAAUAUCUGAUAGACAAUGGUGUAUCAGCCGAUGGUCUUGACGAGGCAGAGAAACGACCUGCGGAGUAUGUCAGUGAAAGAAUGAAUGAAACAUACCAAAGUAUCGUUGCGAAAAGGUUUGGGCAAGACAAUAUUGAUAAGGAAAACGAACGAUCGCAAAACAAGGGACCAUCAAGUUUACCGAAAACCGGAAGUGUCAGAGAAGAACCAGAUACAAGUAGGAUGGCUCGAAGCGCGAUAGGUCGUGGGCAGAGGUCAGAGGAGAUCAGUGGAGCUAAUUCAGGACCACCUAGGAUAGAGGAUAUGAGAGGUGUACCAGUUGGAUUAGGUCAAGGUCAGUCAAGAGAUAAGACAGUGGAAGAACAAGAAAAAGCACAAGGUGAUGACAUUGACGGAGAAGAAAGCCAGAAUGACCCAGAAAUAUGUGAAUCAUGCGAGGAUGAACCGAUACGGUUUAAAAUGGAACCAUGUGGACACUUCCUGUGUGCAGACUGUAUACCUAGAAAGAAACAAAAGAAAAAGACAUGUGCUGUAUGUGCAGAAACAGCCCUUGAAGUUGUUGAAAUCAGACAUUAGAUAAAAACAUGAACAUUUUCAAAGAACAUAGAAAAACACAAUAUAUAUAUUGAGAUAUGUUUUCUUAAAGUUGCAUUGGUAGAUUGAGGAAUUAUUAUUACUGUACUUUGUUUACGAUUGGAAGUUUUAGAUAUAAAAUCUCGGAUUUGUAAAAUGCAUCAUAUCUGAAGUUUCUAAAUACAUUCUCUAUAUGCGC